AUGAAUGUCGAUCGAUUAAUAUCAAGUUUGACUAAGUUAGUUGAAUAUUAUCCUUUUCUAACUGGUGUACGUAAAAUAGAAGAAAAGGAUAAAACAAUAUCGAUCGUAUUAGAUGAUGCCCAAGGUGGUAUUAUAUUUAACUCGGUAUCAAUCAACAUUCGUUUAUGCGACUUGUCAUUGUCGAUUAACGAAUAUACGAGCACAAUGGAUUUGGACAAAUCACUAGAGCUGACAAAUAAAAAUGAUGUUAAUGCACUGUUUCACGUUCGUCAUACUCGUUUUCUGUGUGGUGGAGUAGCACUUUCAAUACAUUUAAACCAUUCUGUUGGCGAUGCUCAUUCGUAUUUUCAACUUGUUGGAGAUUGGGCACGUAUGUAUCAAAAUGUCGAAUAUCGACCAAUCGUCUGUCACGCACGUUCUCUUCUCGAACUAACUGAGGUUGAUAAUGAAGUGGAUAAACAUUCUUGGUCAAGUUUCAACAAACAGAAAACUUAUGUAGUGAAAGGAGAUAUAUCUCCGCAGACCGAACAAUCUGUAAAAUCGAUUGUAAAAAUAUUUCGAUUCUCCGCCGAUGAACUUGAACGAAUGAAGAGAGAAGCAACAGCACACUUAUUACCUGAGGUGGAUCACGUAUCAACAUUUAAUGUCCUCGCUGCACAUCUCUAUCGGCACGUUGCCCUUGCUCGUGAUUCUUCACAUUCAUAUAUUUCAAAACUAUACAUUCCAGUCAACAUACGUUCACGUCUUAAACAACCAAUAAUACCAUCGACUUAUUUCGGAAAUGCUAUCCUGCAUUCUUGUUUAGAAACAGAAUCUACAAAUCUAAUUCGUAUAAAUGAUUUGGGUUUCUGGGCUAGUAAAGUUCAUCAAACUGUUGCAACAUUGACAAGCGACGAAAUAAAAAGUACUUUGGCUUGGAUUAUCUCCCAACCGGACAAAUCGAAGAUUGUGUUUAACUUUCCUUUCGAUAAUACAGGUUUCUAUAUUACAGCAUGGAAUAAAAUGGGCAUGUAUGUCAAUUCUAAUUUUGAAUAUGGUGUUCAUCCAUGUCGAAUAACCUUGCCGUCUGAAGACUUAUUUAAUGGUGGAGCUUAUUUGUUUUCUACGGAGAAAAACGAUACUAGUAUUGAUCUCAUUCUUAUAUUGGAUCCGACGACUAUGGAAAAAUUAGAAAACAAUCCUGACUUCAGAAAAUACUGCUAA